AUGACUUAUUUUAACCGAGAAUCAAAGGCUCCAGAUAUCAACAUGUUUGACAGGGUGCACAACCAGACUGAGGGACUAAACAAGAAAUUACAUCGGGAUGACAGAAGGCACUGGAAGGGAAGAGGGCUGGACAUAUACAAUGAGGAGAAGGCUCGAGUGGUGCCAGUGCGCGCCUCGUCCGAAUAUGGUCAUCGAGUUUCCUGUGUGCACAACAGUCGCCCGCAGCACGGUCGUGUGGCGCGCAUGCAGACCGAGUUCUACAUGAAGAAUGGAAUCAUCUGGGAUCAGAGAGAAGGCUGUGCAUCUGUCACCCCCUUUAAAGAAGUGUUAAAAUAA